GUUAAAUGUCUUCAAAAGAGAAAAAAUAAAGAGACCAAAUUAUCCCUUUUUGAAGCAUCAUCAGAUUCAGACCACCAUGCUAAUCAGAAAGCCAUUUCAACUCAUUCAGAAGUUUUAUUUAUUUAUUAUUAUUUUAAAAACUUUUACUUUUUCAAUUAUCGACUCCAACGGCUCUUCAUUAACAAGUGCAUUACAAGACCCAGAGUUUGAGUUCCAUAUUUCCGGUUACACCAAAUGGAAGGAAUCAGUUUUAUUCUUGGUUAGGGUUUCCUUUUCAAAAUAAAUGAAUAAAUCAUUAUACAUUUUGAAGAUGAGUCAAGCUAAAUGCUAGCCGGACAGUUGUUGGAACACUUCGUUGGUUUGAUCAGUUUAUGAAUCUUGCGGUUGACAACAUAGUGGAGGUGAAUGGCAAUGAGAAACUGAUAUAGGGAUGGUAGUGAGUCUUUGUCUUUUCCUGUUGUUAGCAGAUAAUCAACUUCUAAUAGAGUAAUGACACUGCAACAAUCUUUUCUAAUUAAUUUCUGUAUACAAACUGUUGAGUUAAAUUAGAUGUCACCUAGGCCAUUCUGUGAGUUAAAAAAAGCCUUUUAUUCAAUUUUGAGUCAUGAUACUUAUCAUCAAUGGAAAUGGUUUGUGUUAAUGAUUUUCCCUUCUUUUUUCCGCAUUGCUUUUUUGUCUGCCAAGUGUGAUAGAUGGUUGGCUGUUGGAGUGGCCAAAUUCACACCAAAACUUAAAGUUCUUAAAUAUGUGGGUGAGAAAGUACACCGGUGCAGUUUACACAAAAUAAUGUAUGAACAAGUAAAAGAGAAGUCCUCAUCAUUUGAUGUAUCAUCAUCACCUUUUGAUAUACUGUUGACCGCAUGUGCUAUAGCCUUGAUGGUUCAGGACUUUCAAUCUCAAAUACCUUGGUACUAUGCCAUAAUUGAUGAAUCCCAAAGACUUGAAAACCCUUCCAGUAUUCUAUAUAAAGUCCUCAGAGAGCGGUUUGUCAUGCCGAGAAGAUUGUUGAUGACUGGCACACCUAUUCAAAAUAAUCUUUACCAACUUUUGGCUUUGAUUCAUUUUUGUGUGCCUUCAAUGUUUUGGAUACUGGAAGAGUUCCUUUCUACUUUUAAUGAAGCAGGACCCUGUUUAUCAGGAGGGCACACCUAUGGGGAACUACGAAAUAGGAUGCUUCAAGUUGACCAUAAGUUAAGUAUAGAAAUGAUUUUUUCCCCUUUUCUUGCUUUUAGUUUAUUGGCAGUCUACUCUUGUUUGAUUAUAUUGGUUGAAAUUUAUACACGUUUUAUUUCUGGGAAUUUCUUUCAUCCUCAUAGAAGGGUUAAAGUUGAUUUCUUUAUUAAAGUUUGAGAUUAUUAUACAUACAUGAUUUACUUAACUUUGCUAUUCGGUUUUGUCUUCCAUUGGUGAUGACAUAGACUGUGGUGUUUGCUUUUGUACUAAGGGUUUCUCAAGAAAACUACCUUGGUAGUGAUGUAAGAUGAUUUCCAUUGUUGUGUUUUUGUGAGCGGCACUCAUACAGUGUAGGAAUCACGUAUCAAGAUUUAUUGUGUUGAUAGGUGUGCUUCUUGCUAGCUGACUGAUUUUAUGUCAUAUCUCUUUUCAUGUUCUCACUUAAUGCACCUUGUUUCUCUCCUUUUUGGAUAUCAAAUGCCUUAAUUUUUUAAUCUUUAUAUCUUCUUUCUAUGUUGAAAUAAUACAAGGAUUCUUACCUCUUUCUUAGUAUUGAGCCUGAACCAUUUAAGAAGGUAAACACCUAGUCAGAUAUCCUUCUCAUCUAAGUUUUGUAGACAAAGGAUGUGGAUAUCUGGACUCUACGUGUUCCUUUUGCCUGGAAAAGGAAAAAACUUUGCUGCUUUUGUUUGCCUGCAAUUUGUAUAUUCCUUACUGCCUUCUUACAUUGUUUCCUUCUAAACUAAAUGUUGUUUCAAUUGACUUCCUGAUCAGGCUAAUGGUAAAGUUGUAAUUUUGGACCAACUGCUUAAGAAGUUGAAUGUUUCUAGGCCUUGUGUUCUUCUUUUCGCUCAGAUGACCCAUACUUGAUAUCUUACAGGUUUGCUUUCCAAAUCUUAAUGAUGUUAAAAUUUCCAUCUUCAGAUUGAGUGCUGAAAUUGAUUUUGACAACUAUGGUUACUACUUUUCACAUACGAAGUAGGAGUUUUUGCAGUUACAAAAAUAUUCUUAAGGAGCACCCUCAUUAUAAUAUGCACCGAACUUGGUUGAUAUCUGAUGAUGAUUUGUUUUGAAUGGUUUGUGACUUAUUGUUUGGUGCUGAUAAUUAAGUAUGUUUCAAUUGAAGCACAAAUAAAUUAAAGAUCUUCUACUUUAUAGAGUUAUUUUUGUACCCAUGUGUUAGUAAUAUGUAUACUCAGGCCUCCUUCAAAGACUUAAUUUUGAUAGUAAGUUAUUUGGUUGUUUGGAUAUUACAUAUUUAUCAAUUACUGUUGGUUAGGUGUCAGUUUAAUAAAAUUUGAGUAUAACUUAGUUCUCUUUGAUUUAUUUCUAUAUGAACAAUAGUGUAAUGGUAAACAUUUUGUUAUUACUUUGGCAUACAGUACUUGAACUGAUUUUUGUGUUAAUUGUUGUCAUGCAUUAUCCAUGAACAAUGUCCUAUAUGCUUGAUACCAGAAUAUAUUGGACGGUUCAAUAUAAAAUCUUUGAUAUAUUUGUGGGGCUAAUGCAUACCCGUUAUUUAUGCAAUGAAGUUUAUAUAAGGGCGUCUUCAAAGGGAUGAGCAUUUACUAUUAGGGAGGUCAUUGCUUCAUUCAUUGGCUAACCCUUAAGGAUAUAAGACAUUGUAACUUCCUUGUUCAGAUGUUAAGCCACUUAUGUAGGUAGCAACAGUAUAUACAUGUAAAAAUUGUGGUUCUGAAUAGGUAACUGAGUACAGGACCUCUGAUCUCACUAAACUUGGAUAUGAUUUAUCUUUUCUUCUACACUUAUUUUUUUCUUUAAUAUUUGUCAAAUAGGAAGUAAUUGCACACAUUUGAGUGCCCAUCCAAAUG